CCCUAAAUAGGGCUACAUUGUCAAUGCGUCAUGACGGAGAAUCUCUUCUCCGCGCUCACUCUCAUUGACGAUGAGGACGAUCUCGAUCAGCUCGGCCGUGGCGGCGGCGGCAGUAGCAGCGCUCGAAUUCCACUCCCGCUCGGCGAUGCGGGGAGAAAGAAUGGCUCCUCGCUCGCUACAAUCGCCGGGGAGUUCGUGAGCCGACCUCUUGUGUGGAUUGAUCUCGAAAUGACUGGAUUGGAUGUUUGCAAGGAUAGGAUUUUGGAGAUUGCGUGUAUCAUCACUGAUGGCAAGCUAACAAAGAGCAUUGAGGGACCGAAUUUGGUGAUUCAUCAAUCCGACGAGAUUUUGAAAGGCAUGGGAGAGUGGUGUCAAACACACCAUGCAGCUAGUGGACUUACUGAAAGGGUGCAAAAUAGCAAAGUAACCGAGGCACACGCUGAAAUGCUGGUUCUCAAGUUCGUCCAGAAGUACACGAUCGCUGGCUACGCACAGCUCGCCGGGAAUUCGGUCUACAACGAUCUAAACUUCCUCCGAGUGAGUGAAUCAAUCCCAAAACUUCCAGAUGAUCUUGACAAGGCUUCCAUUUUUCUUCUUCGUCUAGAAGUACAUGCCGACGCUAGCAGCGCAUCUCUCCCACGUAAUCGUCGACGUGAGCUCGAUCAAAUCGCUGUGCAAACGCUGGUACCCUCGAGACGCCGAAAGAGCUCCAAAGAAAGCAAAGAGCCACCGAGCGCUGGAUGAUAUCAGGGAGAGCAUCAAAGAGCUCGAGUAUUUCAAAAGGACGAUUUUUAAAGACAAGCGCUAACCAGUAUUGUUAAUUUUAUAAACCCUGGUUAUUAGGGUUAAUAAUUGUAAAGGUAAAACCCUAGCUAGGGUUUGGGCGUGUU